AUGAUGAGCAGCGGCUGCUCGUCCCCGUGCGAGGUGUCCUGUCCCCAGCCCUACGCGGACGCCUGGAGCCAGCCCUGUGUCACCUCCUGCGGGGACUCCCGGGCCGUGGUCUACCCGCCGCCCGUGGUCAUCACCUUCCCGGGGCCCAUCCUCAGCUCCUGCCCGCAGGAGAGCUUCGUGGGCACCUCCUUCCCGUCGGGGGCCAUGGGAUCUUCGGGAUCCGGAGGCGCCCUUGGGGGCUCCUACGGAGGCGGCAGCGGCUCCAUGGGGGGAAUUGGGGGAUCCCUUGGAGGAGGUUCCAUGGGGGGAUCCUACGGAGGAGGUUCCAUGGGGGGAUCCUACGGAGGCAGUUCCAUAGGGGGAAUUAGGGGAUCCUACGGAGGAGGUUCCAUGGGUGGAUCCUACGGAGGAGGUUCCAUGGGUGGAUCCUACGGAGGCGGUUCCUUUGGCGGAUCCUGCCGAGGUGGUUCCUUUGGGGGCUCCUACGGAGGGGGCCGAUCCUUUGGCUCCGGGGGCUCCUACGGAGGGGGCAGAUCCUUUGGGAGCAGAAGAACCUUCGGCUCCUCGGGCGGGGGCUUCGGGGGCUCCUGCGGCGGGGGCUCCUUUGGGGGCGGCUCCUAUGGAGGGGGAUCCUACGGAGGGGGCAGCUCCAGCUCCGGGAGGUUUGGAGGAGGAAACUGCGGCUCCUUUUAUUUCUGA